GUAUCAGGUAUUAGCCAGUCAGUGUUGUGUAUGGGAGUUAUUAUUAAUUUAGUUUUAGCAAGACCACAUAUAAUAUAAUAGUAUUCAUUGAAACGUUCCUGCUUUACUUUAUAUAAGGAGAAUGUCGAAAGUCUACAACACCUUAAUCACUACUACGGAUCGAUUUGUACCGAAUGCUUUGAGACCCAUUUGGAACCAUGCUGCAGGACCGAAAACAGUAUUCUUCUGGGCACCGGUGUUUAAAUGGGGUCUGGUCGUUGCUGGUCUAAGCGAUCUACGCCGUCCGGCCGAUCAGCUGUCGGUGUCUCAAGCGGCUUCCUUAGCUGCUACCGGCUUGAUUUGGUCCCGCUACUCGCUGGUCAUUAUUCCGAAGAACUACGGCCUGUUCUCAGUGAAUUUGUUUGUAGCGACUACUCAGCUAGCUCAGCUGUACCGUGCCUGGGAUCAUUCUAGAAAGCAUCCCGCACCGAUCGAGGAACCAAAAAAAGAAUAGUGACGGUAGUAGUGGGUAGGUUUCACCGUUCGCCGCUUCUAAUAAGUCCAAUAUUAUAGCGAAUAUGGAUGCAAAUUGUCAAAAACUAUGAUUUUAUCGGAAUAGUUUGAAAUUGGCCUGUAAGGCGUUAAAUUAUUGCCGUUUUUCAUUGAAACACCCCGGGGCAGUGGAUUGUACUGGUGUUGCAUGUCCUAGCAGAAGAGCAGGCCCCGCUAAAGUGCAAUUCCGCUUUUGCGGUGUUUUUCAAUGAAAAACGCCAUAUGUAAAAUACAAUCAAGUAAAUGAUUCAAAAUCUUGGGUAUGUAAACGGGUUGGUUAAAUUAAGUGUUUUGUAAUUGAGUUUUAGUAAGAAAGAUCUGUCUGUUUAUAGGUAUAGUUUGUAAAAGAUGGAAUAUAAAAUAAUACACGUAUUGUUGUAUAUAA